AUGCACAAAGAGACUUCUUUGUUGAGCUUUGGGAUGUCUCAGGGCAUGAACGCUAUAAGGAUUGUAGAUCUCUUUUUUAUACACAAGUUAAUGAGAAGGACAAAGACCAACUUGCAAAAGUGGGCUGUUGAGAUUGCAACAACCGGUACAUUUUCAGCUCCUCUGGGAUCUGGUGGUCCUGGAGGUCUUCCUGUUCCUUAUUUAGUUAUUGGUAACAAAACUGAUAUUGCUGCAAAAGAGGGCACAAGGAUAAGCAGUGGAAAUCUUGUUGAUGUUGCUCGCCUGUGGGUUGAGAAACAUGGCCUGCUUCCUUCAAGUGAAGAACUUCCCUUGACAGAGAGCUUUCCAGGCUCUAGUCUUUUGGCUGCUGCUAAAGAAGCCAAAUAUGACAAGGAAGCUGUGAUUAAGUUUUUCCGCAUGUUGAUUCGAAGAAGAUAUUUCUCAGAUGAACUUCCAGGACCUAGUUCAUGGUCUAUAAGCCCAUUGCAAAACACCAUUCACCGUGCAGAUGAAAAUGCUAGUAAUGAUGACCGUUUGCAUCGAAGAUUGAGCAUAAGCGGGGAAGCUUCCGCGCAUAGUGCUCUUCCAGUUCCACCACUUCCUGCUCAGCAUAACCUUACUCCGCCGCGAACACACUACCCUCAGCAACCAGUGUCGGGGCCCGAGAGUUACAGCUUCCAGAGAUAUUCUGCUUAUGGUUUGCCUGAAAGUAGCCGCACUCAAUCAAAUCGGGCCGAUAUUAAUGUUUGAUAUUUUGGUUGAUCAUAGUGUUUGUUUAUCGCCAUAUUCUUUGUGAUCAAGUUCUGUUUGUAAAGUUCUUGUCUAUGUGGAAUGUGGAACUUUCCGUGGAAUGCUUUAUGAUACU